CCAUCUACUCAGAGCACUCGAAAGCAAGUCAUGCAAAACCCAACAGUGGUAAGGUCUUCUUACCACUACCGCCCCCUUCCGUCCUUCCCCAACCCAAAUAUGAACUCCAAAUUCCCCACACCUCCUCCUCCCAUCUCCGCCUUUUUCUUUCUUCUCCUCCUUUUCUCCGUUCCCGCCAUCAGCCAUCCUUCCAACGUUGCCUGCGGCGAAGCCAUAUCAAGCUGUGGCAACAUCACCAACAUCACCUACCCAUUCUGGCUCGUCCAUGACGACUCCACUUCCCUCCGCUCCCACUGCGGUUACCGAGGCUUCGAGCUGAUUUGCCGGAACAACACCCCGAUCAUCCACCUUUCCGCCGGCAACUACACAGUCACCAACAUCGACUACAAAACCCAUACCAUCUCCCUCGUCGACACCGACAUCGUCUCCGUCCGUGAAGGGUGCCCUCGAGUGCUUCACAACCUCACCUUCGAUCCCGACUCAGUUCUGCGCUACGCUCCCUCCGACGCCAACCUCACCUUCUUCUUCGACUGCACCGACGGCCCACCGGAUCUCCACAUCCCCUGCCUCGGCUCUGCUGGUGGAAACCGGUCCUAUGUCUUCACGACCGAAACGAUGAGGGAGUCUUAUCACCGUCUUCCUCGGACGUGCUGCGCCGUCGUCGUCGUGCCCGUCCUGCAGGACGUGCUGAUGGCUUAUAUUGCAGACGACUUACCUACCCGAUACGGAGGGGUUUUGCAGAGUGGAUUCAAUUUGAGCUGGCCAAACGUGACCUCCGGCGACUGCGGCAGCUGCGAGCGCUCCGGCGGGCGGUGUGGGCUCAACCGGACGAUCAACUCCACCUGGGAUUUCGCCUGCUUCUGCUCGAAUGGAACCCAAAGACACUCUCAACUCCAUGCCUCCACCUCCUCUGCUUCCUCCGAGCUCUGUGGCAAGAGCCAAAUGCAUCCAUCCUUAAGGUCUCCUCUUCCAUCUAUCCUUUUACUCCUCGCCCUGUCGUCGACUCCACCUUCUUCCUCGGAGAGCUACUAUCGGUAUGCGGAUUGUGCUCCCUACACAUACUCUUGCGGAGGCACUAAGAUCAACAUCAGCUACCCUUUUCGCGUCGACAGCCGUGCCGACUACUGUGGCUACCCGGGAUACUAUGUCGCUUGCAGCAAGAACAAUACUUCCAUGACGAUCGAGAUCGACGGCAAGGGAUACGUCGUCAAGGAUAUAGAUUACUUGAACCGCCUCAUCACCGUCGUCGAUCCACCCUUCGUCAACCAGUCGUGCCCUCAGCCGUACCAAAACACCAGCCUCGACAUCUCGCUGUACAGCUACAGCGACCGGGACGUGAACGUCACGGUGUUCGUCAACUGCACUGCCCUCUCACCUCCGAUUCCCGACGUGCAUGACAUGGGUUGUGCGACGGGGGGUCGACACGGGUUUUACCAGCUUACCGAUGAGAACCACAUAGAGAUGUUUGAAAACUGCAGCUCGAUGGUAGUGGUGCCCAUACACCAAGCAGCGGCGGUCGAGAUCGGGUACGGGAAGCGGAGCUUUAGCGACGCAGUGAAGGGGGGGUUCUCGCUGCGUUGGGAGGCAGGGGAGGGGUGGUGUCGUGACUGCGUCGAGUCAGGUGGGCGCUGCGGCUUCGACGUGCUCUCUCAGGAGAGCCACACCUGCUUCUGCCCACAUAAUUCAACCGUUGGAACAUGUUCUCCUUCUAAUAAAGCUUCGGAAUUGGGAAAUCAGAUUAGGUUUGAUGACAUUUUGAAGCUCAAAAGACAUUAUGAUGACAUUUUGAAGCUCAAACUUUGA